CGGCCUUGAAAAUGGCUUCUAUCUUUCCCCAUGUGUUCUCACGGAAAUCCGCAAGGACAUGGCUGUCUACAAUGAGGAGAUAUUCGGUGCUGUGCUUCUUGUAAUUCCCUUUGAUACAGAAGAUGAGGCUAUAGACAUUGCUAAUGAUACUACGAUGGGUCUUGCUGCUGGACUAUUUACUAAGGAUUUGGCUCGAGUUUAUCGUGUUGUUGAUCGAUUACAUGCAGGGAACGUCUACGUGAAUACAUUCAACGAU